AUGUGUUUGACGUCAAGCGUCGGCAAAAAGUACACCAAAAUAGCGAUCAUUUUGACGGCGAUUUGCGGCACAAGUCUUAUCGUACACUCGCUAUCAAACGGCGGACACAACCAUACGGUCGACGCCGGCGAUACAGUCGGAGCCCGUUUAGCCGACAAUGAGUUGGUGGCCAUCGGCGGUGCAGUUGAUCCACAGCUGGUGUUCGCCGCCGACGAGAUGGGCCGCAACGCCACGGGCUAUGACCGGGAAAUUGUGCCAAAUGUUGUCCAUUACGUGGUGUUGGACAACAUGUACAUCAAUUUUGUGCAUUUCCUGUCCAUUAAGUCUGUGCUGAGAAACCAAAGACCGGAUCAGAUAGUGAUUCACUGCAAUUGCGAUGACUUGAGGGGCAGGUAUUGGACGCAACUCUUGACUGACGCGCCGCGAGUGAUACGCGUCCGACGGCUCCCCAAACCGACCGCUAUUUUUGGCAAAAAGUUGUCCUCGAUUUACCACUCGGCGGACAUCGCGCGGCUGCAAGUGAUGACUAGUUUUGGCGGCAUUUAUCUCGACAACGAUGUCUUUGUGGUGAAGAGUUUGGACCCGUUUCGCAGGUUUGAGUUCACCAUCGGUUGGCCGCCCGGACAGUUCAUCGGCAAUCAGGUGCUGAUUGGCCACAAAAACGCCCGCUUCUCGCACUUGUGGUACGAGUCUUACCGUAAAUACCGUAAAAACCGCUGGUAUUUCAACGCCGGAGAGUUGCCGACAAACGAUAUACUGCUGCCGAAGCCAUGGCUCGUCCAUCGGGUGGACCACGCGUUCGGUGUUCACAACUUAUGUCUAAUGCUUUACAACCAGACCUAUCCGUUGUGGGAGAAGGACUACUUCGCCGUUCACCUACUGGCCAGACAUCGGGACUAUUUGGUGCCACAAGACUUCAAACAUCUCAAAAUGUUUGAUGAGAACAAUAUUAAGACAUAUAACAAGACUUUUGGCCAAAUGGCCCGACUUGUGCUCUACGGCACCAAACACUUGAUUGACAACACUAUUGGUUGACUACCCGAUGAUCUCAAGACACCAUUCAUGUCGUU